AUGCGUGGCGCUGGAAGACGAGGAGGUCGAGGUGGUGGCAAUGAGCGACGCAAGACAGGAGCAAACGGUUCGUCCGAUCCGAAGACGUCGCUAGUGGCUGAGUGGAGAGCACAUGAAGAAGACUGUGCUGCACGGGUGCUACAGAACGUAUUUCGGGCCUUUUUGAGUCGUCAACGCAUGGCACGCUUGCUUCUCAGCGUCUACGAGAAGCACUACGACCCCAUCCGCAAGCAGCAUUACUAUGUCAACACACUCACCGAUGCGAGUACGUGGGAGAAGCCGCUGCUUCUCGUUCGCUUCCUUCCUGGAGAUCGUGACAUCGCUCGAGGGCGCGUUGAUCUGUCGCCUAAAGAGGCCGCACAACGCAUCCAGCGGGUUGUGCGAGCUUUUCUAGCCAAGAAAACUAUCCGACAACUCGUGCGUGAGAACUACAUGAAGCUCUUCGACCCAGACAAUCGCGUGUUCUACUACCUCAACACGCGCAAUGGCGAGCGGUCCGAACAGAAACCGCCGUUCUUCCGUCCACGGCCCGGUACUGCCGGUGCACUGUCCAAACGCGUGGAAAUCCAAGACGACGACGACCUAGAGAUCGAGGCCUUUUACUUUCGCAAGGCUGUCUGCAAGAUCUCGUCCGAGGGGAACCCGUACGGCUCUGGAAUAAUCGGUAGGUUCUGCGGUAUUUUGUGUGUUCUUACGGACGGCAAGACACUCGCUGAUGAGAGCAUGGCUCGAGCAGCCCGGGCAAUAUGCAAUUACGCCGAUGAACGCGUAGCUUUUCCUUUGUUACUCGCUGCCGACACGUUCUUCGCUGGUAUCAAGAUGCCUGAGGAAUCUGCACGACUGCAGCCUCUUAACGGAGCCACAAUACAGCCACAGUCACCGAAGAAAAAGGGUCACAAACCACACGUCGACUUCGCAUUGUGUGCUCUGAACGAAGAUCAGUUCUUGAUUGCAGCUGGUGACAACAUUCGGCCACUCCGGUUCGAGAUGAACAACCGGAAGUUGGGGUGUGGUGAGGCUGACAGUCUCCGGCUGGGUGAACAUCUCGAAAUCGUGGGUCAUCCACACGGUAAACUUCAAGUUCUGUAUCAACGGCAACUUGCCAGACUUUUACCAAACUCCAUUAACGUGCAGCACUUACAAUACGACCGAGUCACGGAGACCGGAUCAGCUGGCUGUGGAGUGUUCACACGAGGGGGUAAGCUGCUUGGUAUUCAACAGUUCUCAGGUCCAAAGGAGCCCCCACCGCUGUCAUGCUGGUACAUUAAACCAAUCUUGAGCACGGCACUAACGCUCGUAACACCCCCGGAGCCGUUUAUAUUGACCUCGUGCAUUGCUUCGACUGGUGUGCAAGUAUAUUGGCAGCUACCAAGAGACUGGCAGCCUUUACAUGGCCUGCCUGUGCAUUACGAGCUUGAAAUCUGCCGCCACGAUACUCAGGAUGCAAAGCACCACGAUCCAUUCGACCGAUUUUAUAGUGGAUCAAAGACUGCCCACUACAUCGGCGAUCUUCAGCAUGACACGAUGUAUUCCUUGCGUUGUCGGGUAGUAAAUCGGAUGAAGAAAGGUCGAUGGAGCGUUGUCGUAAGGUUCAUCACACUGCAACAAGUUUCUCUAGCUUGGCGACUACGUCGCUGUUCUAGUGUCAAGGAGGCGAUCAAACGGAUGCGACAGCAGCAAGCAGAUCCACAGACGCAGUUUCGCAGUGUGCAGUGGAUCUACGCACAACUUGAAAAGAGCGAAGAGGCUGAUCGAGUUAAAUGGGAAACUCAAACGGACGGAAUGCGUGGAGAUCGAGGCAAACCUGAGACUUUCAACCAGCUAAAACUCGAGCAGGAGCUACUGGAAUGUCAAGGACUGGAAGUGCUUCUUGAGUCUAUCACGUGGUUUCCCAAUGAGAAAACCACUGUCGCGCUCAUCCUUCGACUCUUUCUCAAGCUUACUCGACUGCAAACGCGUACGCAGCGAUUCAUCACUGAAGCCCCACGCUUUCAAGUAUUUUGUAACGUGCUUCGUUCUAACAGCGAAAAAGCCCAGACGAGAGAUUCCGCGCAAGAGCUUCUAGUUAUCUUGUUGUGUUUGGAGUUGAUCGGAGUUGUUCUGAGUGAGAACGGAGCCGCCAAAGUGGCGUUUGAGUCCUGUUCGGGUGUUGAGUUGGUGCUUGUAUUCGUGGAGAGUGAGUCAUAUCGACAUGAGGCUGCGGUUGUAGGAGAAUGCUGCUACGUCCUCGCUGUGUUUUCGUACGAGAACGCUAGCAUGAAGUGGGAGAUCGCAGAGGCCAACGGUUUAGCUCUGCUACAACGAGCGCUGCUAACUCACCGUCAGGAGUCUCGCAUUCUGUACUGGGCGUUGAUCACGAUCGGCAACGUCGCUUAUGGCCUUGAUGAGUCUACCCGCCCUCAACUUGAAGAGGAGAUCGCUGCACUCGGCCUGGUCGACAGCGUGUGCGAGUGUCGCGUGCAUUUCUUGAGUCACCUACAUGAACUGGAGUUGUCUCUCGUAGCAGCUCAAGCUCAUCUGGACCAUAUGCACGCCGUCCAUGUAGGCGAAGAGACUCGCAACGAGUUGGACGCCAGUACUCAACUGGUCGAGACGUUGACGAAUGUCAUCGCGGACUGGAAAGCCAACGACGUGGCCGAAGCUGCUGACUACGCCUUACGAUAUCUGCUCACAGAGGAGCAACGUCUUGUCCAAGCUGCUGCCAAGCGGUUGAUGCGAAAGUUCCUACGACGCACGCUGUCGAUGGCUGUGGAGAAAUGGAGCCAAGUGACGGUGUACGAGAGACACCGAGCUAUCUUCCUGACCUUCAUCCACACGAUUCGGACGCGACAGCUUCGCCCGGCAUUCCGUCGCUGGGAACAGACAACACGAGAGAUGAGGAAACACAAGUCCAUCUUGCAGACUAUCGGUUCUGGACUGGCGAUGGAUCUGACCAAGAAGAAGAAAGAGCGGUACAGAAUGCUAGUACUGCAAAAAUAAGAGAGUAUCUGUCAUAAACUCCACAAGAUACGGCAGUUAGAAGGCAAGUGCAUUGUCUCCUGGACUCGGCAUAGUCUGGUGCAAUAUAAACCACAUGAAUCCAUUA